UUCCACGGUACAUCUACGGCCAUUUUUGCCUUAUCAAUAACAUAGACCCAAGAGACCUCUACUACAGCAAUUCAGUCAGAACGUGGACUGCCAGCGUUGUUUGCCUUGGAUACAGCUGGAAUCUGACACAGCUGCUAUGAUUCGAACCAUCAAUAGAUCCCUGCACGAGUGAUCCAAGCUAGCUCUCACACAUCUGGAGAGCCCAAAAAUAACCAAGAGCAGAACGACCACCUCCGGCGUUGCGCUGCAAUGGCCUACUUGCUGGGGUGGAAAGAUAUCCUCCGGCCAAUUCGUGAUGGAUAUCGCCAUUUGUUCCCCGCACCAGACACAGGGCCAACGCCUGAGGAGAGACGCAAACAACGCGAUCUAGAUCGACUCAAGGGCUUCGCUUACUUCGACACGUUUGAUCAACUAGAGGCAUGGACAGAAGAUGACUGCGACUCUUUUCAAAGAGCCAACACGCCACGCAUACGAACAGAGGAUAGGAGCACAAACGAUGACCCCGGUAAAGCAGAUGUUCUCUUGAUCCAUGAUUACUCCGGAAACUACCAUGAUUAUGAGAGCGUGCAGGCGACUGGUGUUGACGUGGAGCUCUAUUCCUGUGAAUAUCUUCAAUUUGUCGAUGUAUUCAUCUACUUCUCACACAAGCUUGUAUGUAUACCUCCACCAACGUGGACGAAUACGCUUCAUCGCAACGGCGUCGAAGUUCUAGGUACACUCCUAGUUGAGCCACAGACUGAGGGCUCUGAGUGUCUCCUACAGCACACACGUGACGGUCAAAACAUGAGUUUUCCUUUGGCAAAAACUUUAGCAAGAAUUGCUGGGCAUUAUGGCUUCGACGGCUGGCUUGUGAACAUUGAAAAACGAUUUUCGAAUGAUGUUUGGGGCCCUGAAGUCCUUAAAGCCUUUCUUUGCCAGCUGAGAGCCGAAAUGGGCGGUGCAAUGAGGCUUAUAUGGUAUGAUGCUCUCACUAUUUCGAACAAGAUAUCGUACCAAAAUGCACUGAACACGUCCAACAUCAAGUUCGCAUCGGCCUGUGGAAGCAUACUCACAAACUACUGCUGGAAAGAUACUGAAGCUGAAAAUUCGCUACAGCUUGCCCUGUCAAGCAAAAUUUCGCCCAAAAACAUUUUCUUUGGCAUUGAUGUGUGGGCGCAGAACAAAUCGAGUUUCACUCACCCACGUAUUACUUAUCCAGAAUAUGGGGGAGGGGGCACGAACACUGGUGUUGCUGUGGCGAAGCUCGCCGACCUAGGGCUUUCAGCAGGCAUAUUUGCCCCAGCGUGGUCCUUUGAGCAUUUUCCUGGAAAAGGGCGUGACGCUGAACGUACAGUCUGGCAAGGAACCUCAUUUCCGCGUGACAUGGACUGCUCUUGCGGCGAUUGUUUGUCGCGUCAUCGGCCUAAUGAGGCUUUUGCAAUCCUCAAGAAUGCGAAAGAGCGUGUGGCUGGUUCUGAAAACUUCUUCUACACUGACUUCACCCGUGCUUUUGCUACGCAUGAUGACGCAUCAAACGAUCUAUUCGGCGGCUGUAGCACCCAUGCACAACUAGGUAGUCAGUCCAUUCUUCCACGUCCGGCUAUUUUCGGAGACAGACAUCAAGCUAUUCAGCUUUGGCACCGUCUAGACAACAGCUCAAGUACUCCCCGCUUGGUAAUCGAGGCCAUGCAAAAUCAGUCAAAUAGUGAUGACACGACAGAAGUCUGGCUUCCACUAUUCAAACUCGACAUGCCCGCAGAUGGAUCUUUACAAGCUGAGAUAUACAGUGACAAUGCGUCAUUGCCGGCUGACCAUAGUAUUGUCAGCUUUUACAUUCGAACCCCAGGUUCUGUUCAUUUUAUUACCAUCACAUCCGGGAAAGGAGUUCAGCGAACAGUAUGCUCACUGAAGUCUUUGGUGCCUGGCUCUCGCAUCCAAGAGCUUGGGGUUCAUUUGAAAGGCUCAAUCGGCACUGCUCGAGGCAAGACUACGCAGUUGCUGAACAUCAUGAGUGUCAGGAUUAUGCCUAUUUCUACUUUUCAAACGUCUUCUUCAUUCUCUAUCGACCAAAUGCAGCUUGAAAAUCGAGGUGAAGGAGAUUGUGAGCGCAUGCAGCUGGUUUGGAGCUUCAAGGAUCAUGGAAGAGCCAAUUGGAAAGACAACAAAAUUCCCUGUAGCAAAAUCACAGGGCCUUUCUCGCACUUCUUCAUUUAUACGGACGGAAGAAUGCUGGGUAAAGCAUAUGCAUUGGAUCAUAUUCUGAACAAACAAUUCGUUGAGAAGAAUGCGGGAUUGACUGUGGAAUUUGAGCUCGUUGGGCUACGUCUGUCUACAUCUAUCUUCAUGGCACCACAAGCCCGACGGCUUCAGGCGUCCGCAUUCACAAUGAGCCCCUCGAAGCGUAAACAUGAAAAAGAAACAUCACCCCCCAAGUCGAAGAGACCAAAGGUUGAGAUACCUGCUUAUCACCUUGCUCAAUCGAGACAGGAUGAAAAUGGUGAGAUAGUUUGGCCCGCCAGACACGAACAAAUCGAACGUGCGCGGACGAUUAUCAAAGAGUGUGCUAUUGCUCAGAAGCCAACUAUCAUAAUACCAGACAAGGACGCAGACGGCCUUUCUUCGGGUGCUAUAUUGUACCAUACACUCACUACUCUUGGUUUAUCAUCUGAUCAUAUAUCGGUGUACUUUCCUCCAAAAGGCUCUAACGUCCAUGAUGAAAGUACAAAGGAAGCUCUUAUCGCUAGAUCACCAGUGUAUAUCUUUGUCCUGGAUCAAGGCAGCAGAAAGAGUCCGCCACUGAUUGACUCCCCACAUACAUGUCUCGUUAUAGAUCACCACUUUGCAGAUGAAGGGGGUUUCCCAGAAGGUGCCGAGUAUGUCACGGCUCAUGAUUGUCCUCCUGUUGCAACGAGUGCCCUCUUGACAUACAACAUCUGCCUGCCAUUGCAUGCGGACUUGAAUGGCAAGAUCUCCUGGCUUGCAGCACUGGGAACCCACGGCGACCUAGGAGGUACCAUUAAGUGGGAGCUACCAUUUCCAGAUAUGACGGCCACUUUCAAACAACACACGAAGAAGGCGAUCAACGACGCCGUAGCCUUAGUCAAUGCGCCGAGACGGUCGGCAGCUUAUAAUGUCGAGGAUGCGUGGGCCGCAGUGCUCUCUGCAGAAAGUCCUGGCUCAAUUGUCAGAGACGAGAAACUUCGUAACGUGUCUUUGGAGGUACGACGUGAAACCGAGCGCUGUACGCAUACACCGCCCAUGUUCUCCGCGGACGCUACUAUUGCCCUACUGUCGAUAUCCUCGGCUGCGCAGAUUCAUCCCGUCAUCGCAACCCGCUGGUCGGGUACUUUAAAGUCAAACAAGCUAGAGAUUGUGAUGUGUGCGAACGAGGGCUAUCUUCCAGACAGAGUCAAUUUCUCGUGUCGGGUUGCUAAAUGUGCGCGGGCGAGGGAAGGAGAGGAGAAGAUAGACAUUAUCAAGAAGCUUGAGGGCAUUGUUGCUGGUGACAAAGACCUGAGAGCAAGACUGGGAGAGAGCUUUGCAAGAGGACAUAAAGAGGCUAGUGGUGGUAUUGUGGGGAAGCAAGAGUGGGAAGAGUUCAAGAAAUUGAUGGGCGUGGGAGAGCGUACGAAGAAGACGGAACCUGCCACUAGGAAGGAGAAGCCAACACAGAAAAACACACUUGCCAACUACUUUGGCAAGACUGCAAAGGCAUAGAGAGCAUAGACAAGGUCACGUUUCGCCUCGAUCGUGCAGCACGAUAGAUUGGCGCCGCCGUCGCCACUGUUGUACGGAAGAGGCGCCAAUGAAACCCGGGACACGACUAAGGGGUUGCAGCAGCAGGUAGGAAUGCGAAAAUAUCCAAUCUAAUCCGGUCGCACUAGAAAUGAAAGCCUCCGUUAAUGACGUUCU